AUGGCCAGAAAUCAGUUACAAGUGUUGAAUGCACUUGAUGUAGCGAAGACGCAAUGGUACCAUUUCACGGCGAUCAUAAUCGCAGGAAUGGGGUUUUUUACCGACGCUUACGAUCUCUUCUGCAUCUCACUUGUCACCAAGCUUCUCGGCCGCAUAUACUAUCACGUGGAAGGCUCUAAGAAGCCAGGUAACCUCCCUCCCAAUGUCGCUGCCGCCGUCAACGGCGUUGCCUUCUGUGGGACACUCGCCGGUCAGCUCUUUUUCGGGUGGCUCGGUGACAAACUAGGGAGAAAGAAAGUUUACGGUAUGACAUUGAUGGUCAUGGUCCUUUGUUCCGUAGCCUCAGGUCUAUCUUUCGGGAACCAGCCAAAAGCCGUGAUGGCCACGCUAUGUUUUUUUAGGUUUUGGCUUGGAUUCGGAAUUGGUGGUGACUACCCUUUAUCCGCAACGAUCAUGGCCGAAUACGCGAAUAAGAAGACUCGCGGCGCGUUUAUUGCGGCGGUUUUCGCUAUGCAAGGGUUCGGGAUCAUGGCUGGUGGCAUUUUCGCUAUUAUUCUUUCCUCUGUUUUUGAAGCUAAGUACCCUUCUCCGGCUUAUAUGGAUGAUGCCGUAGGAUCCACGGUUCCUCAAGCCGAUUUGGUGUGGCGGAUAAUCUUGAUGGUUGGUGCUAUCCCCGCGGCAAUGACUUAUUACUCGAGGUCGAAGAUGCCGGAAACCGCAAGAUACACUGCUUUGGUUGCUAAGGACGCAAAGCAGGCGGCUUCUGACAUGUCUAAGGUUUUGCAAAUGGAGAUAGAGCCAGAACAGGAGAAAGUGGAAGAGAUCUCAAAUGAUAAGUCCAAAGCCUUUGCCUUGUUUUCCAAGGAGUUCAUGAGUCGUCAUGGUCUUCAUUUGCUCGGCACUACAUCCACAUGGUUCCUUUUAGACAUCACUUACUUCAGUCAAAACCUUUUCCAAAAGGAUAUUUUUAGUGCUAUCGGGUGGAUUCCUCCAGCUCAAACCAUGAACGCAAUUCAAGAGGUUUCCAAGAUCGCUCGAGCUCAAACACUCAUCGCCUUGUGUAGCACGGUGCCUGGUUAUUGGUUCACAGUUACAUUCAUCGAUAUCAUUGGUAGAUUCGCGAUCCAGCUAAUGGGUUUCUUCUUCAUGACGGUCUUUAUGUUUGCUCUGGCUAUUCCUUACAACCAUUGGAUUCACAAGGAGAAUCGAAUCGGAUUCGUGGUCAUGUACUCCUUAACAUUUUUUUUCGCCAACUUUGGACCUAAUGCUACAACCUUCAUUGUGCCGGCCGAGAUCUUUCCGGCCAGGUUCAGAUCCACCUGCCAUGGUAUUUCUGCAGCAUCAGGAAAAUUAGGAGCUAUUGUUGGUGUGUUCGGAUUCUUGUACUUGGCUCAGAGCCCAGACAAGGCCAAGACAGAUGCAGGAUAUCCUCCAGGGAUAGGGGUCAGAAACUCACUUAUCGUGUUAGGCGUUGUUAACUUUUUUGGUAUGGUCUUCACUUUCUUGGUGCCUGAAUCUAAAGGGAAGUCGCUUGAGGAAAUGUCCCGUGAAAAUGAAGACUAUGAGAACAAAACGGUUCCAAUAGUUUAG